GUUUGUUUGUUUGUUUAUUUUGCCUUUAAYGCGAUCGUCCCCGUAUGCACCGUAGAUGUGAUUAGUGGCUUCCAAACCCACGAGCAGGACAGUGUGUGUUAAGCGCCGAUGUUGCUGAGACGAGAGCCACGGCGGCUCUGUAGCUCCGCUCUCAGAGGCUGAGCCGGCCCCAGGGAGUUCACUUUUUAUCCUUUUAACUUGAAUGAAAAUGACUACAUCCAGUAUUGCUGCAAGAGUGGAAACGUGGCUUUCUUCCGCAUGGCAUAUUAAAGUUCCAUUGACAUGGCUGGAAGCAUGUAUUAAUUGGAUCCAGGAAGAAAAUAGUAGUAGUAGUAACUUGAGUCAAGCUCAGAUUAACAAACAGGUGUUUGAGCAAUGGCUUCUUACUGAUCUUAGAGAUUUGGAACACCCCAUUUUGCCUGAUUGUGUCUUGGAUAACGCCAAAGGAGAAUUGUCUGGCUUCUUCUCAAUACAGAUUGAUUCUCUAGUUGAUGUUAGCCAGCCAGCGUAUUCGCAACUGCAAAAGCUAAGAGGAAAAAGUACUGUAAAUGAAGAAGUAACAGCCAACACUCAGUCUUUCCCAAAGCCCUGGGAAGCAAAGCCCUCUCGAAUGCUGAUGCUGCAACUGACUGAUGGAGUACAUCAAAUUCAGGGCAUGGAAUAUCAGCCAGUUCCUGCCCUGCACAGUAACCUUCCUCCAGGAACAAAAAUCACUGUCCAAGGUAAAGUUGCAUAUCGUCUUGGAGUCCUUUUACUUAAACCAGAAAAUGUAAAAUUGCUGGGGGGAGAAGUGGAUGCUCUUCUAGAGGAGUAUAGUCAGGAAAGAGUCCUUGCUAGAUUAAUUGGAGAAGCAGAGAACCCUAAUCCUGUUGGACAAACUGAUCAUGAACAAGUUGUCCCAAGGCCUGUAGAUGAACUAGGGCAAGCUCUGGGCCCUUCAGAUGAAGAACUGUUAGCCAGUCUAGAAGAAAACAAUGAUUUUACUUUAAACAAUGAAACACAUUUAGAGAGUGGAUAUUACAGUAGGAGCAGUAAUUUUAGCACAGCCUUAGGUUCACACAAUGGAAAUGUUUUGCAACAAGAAUCUCCAAGUCCUUUUCCUCAUUCGGAUGAACAGAUUCCACAUUCCGUAGAAUAUGCUGAUGGAUUUUCAAAUGACUUUCCUUUGGAAGACGACUUGCUUCUGGAAGAAGAGAUCCAAAGAGAGUUGGAAGAAGUGCCACCAGAGGUCAGAAACUUGGGUUUAGUAACUGAGAGCCUUCCACAUAUGUCUAGGAGCUCGUGUGAUUCACCUUUCAAUAGUACUUAUGAAACAGAUGACAAGAAUGAGAGAGAGAAACGUGUAGAAACUGUCAGCCAUGAAAAGUCUUGGGGAAGGAGACUAUCUCCUGGAGAUGAAAAUAGGACAAAUAAUACUUCACACUGCAGUAGUGUACAUCAGACCAACAGCUGUGUAAACCUCUCCUUGGACAGUACUACCAAAGAAAGGCUCAGUGAUACACAUCUAACUGAGAGCAAACAAAAACCCCAGGACACUUUUCAGGGAAGGCUGCUCCACAGAGAGCCRUUGUGUUCCUCAGAAACAGAGCCAGCAGCAGGUCAGCAGCAGCACGACAUACAAACGUGCGUCYGCAGUGCAGCAGAGGUGCAUCAUCUUGAAUUGUGUUCUCCACCUUUCACGUACAUUUCUGUUCUCCUGGCCAAAAGACCAGAAACUGUUACAAUUCUGAAAGCCAAAUGUUUUAUUGUAACUCUAACUGGAAAGCUCACGAGUAGCAAUGGGUCCUGGGGUAUAAAAGCAAAAAUUUCUGAUGGUUCAGCCCUUCUAGAGGUAGAUUUUGCUGAUGAUAUCCUGACAAGUUUGAUUGGAUUUUCGGUAGCUGAAAUGAAUGUGUUGAAAAAAGAUCCURCAUCCCGUGCAAAGCUUAAGGAUGGUUUGGAAAAAUGUCAAAGACAGCUAAUAGAUCUCUGUUGUUUGAUGACUAUAGAGUUUAAUCCUUUUCAGUCUAAAGCCACUGUAUUAGUUCUAGAGGAUGCUGAUGCAAGGCAUCUAGAACAACUGAAGAAACGUUUAUAUAAAUAAUGUGUGAAAACUUGCAGAAUAUGGAUUAGGAUUCUUUCGGUGAAGAUUUCCCCCCAGYGACUGUUAGAAGUCAAAGUUCAGUGAUGUGAGAAAAAUACUGCAUGUGUGAGAGUGGGAAAUCCUGGGAUAGAGGGGAGGAAUUUAGCAGUUUAUUUUUUAUAGUGACUAUAUUUAAAUAAACUUCAAACAUGUUUGACUUAAGAAAUUCAUGAAUCACUUUCGUUCUGCAAAAUCUUCCAUGCUUUUGAYUGGUGAUCAAAACUAGCAGAUUUUGUCAGGAAAUGGAUAUUGAAGAGAUUAGCUCGUUUUUACACUUAAAAGGUUGAAUACUGACCCRAUAUUUGAAAGGUAGUUAUUGGAGACUGCUGGUCUUUUCUCAUAGGAAAGCUAUUAAACAAAGAAUUAUGCCAGCUUGAAAAUUCGUAUACAUAAUUAGUGUUCAAGAACCUGAAGUGAAGGAUCACCUUACUCUAAAUU